AGUCUGUUCUAAAUCUAAGUUCUAAAUGUACUGUGUUGCUGCAUCUGCUGCAUUCACUAUCAGAUCGCUUUACGAAAAAGACCUUUAGUGAGAAGUAAAUCAACAAUAACUAUGAACUACCACUCCUACAGCAACCAACUCUGCGACACCAUCAUUGUGGCUGGAGGCACUCAUUUCCAUGUGCACAAAUCAGUGCUCUGUGAAUUGAGCCCGUAUUUCAGAGCGCUGUUUGAGAGGUGGAGCAACCCAGGCCAGUUCUUGUACACCGUCCCUGGUGUGACUCCGAACAUAAUGAAGUCCAUCAUCCAGUACGGUUACUCACAGCGGAUAACAAUCACGCAAACGAACGUGAAGGCUCUCUUGGAGGCAGCCGAUUACCUGCUGAUGGACGACAUUGUUCACCUCUGCUGCCGGUUUCUGGAGAAGAGACUCCGCCCAAAGAACUGCAUUGAAAUACUGCGGCUUGCUAAUGCGCACUUCUGGCACGAGCUGCGUGAUCGGGCGUCCUUCAUAUGGGAGCAGAGCCUGAUAUACCACCGCUAGGUACGCUCCAACUCGCCCGGUGUGGGCAGAAGACGUCAAACACCGUACACACGGCGUCACUUGAGUAGUAACUGAGCCUGGAACUUGCGUCCAACUCAGAUCACACGCACACACACACACACACA